AUGACAAAGCUUAGAGAACACACACAUGAACCCUCAGAAUAUGAUGAGGAAGAUGAGCAAGUGGUCAUCGCGCUCCAAGAUAGGAAAGACAGCGCAGAUGAAGAAAAAACUGAAGAAAACAAUGACGAGGAUGCAGAAACCUCGAUAAAAAACAAUGAAGAUAACUCGAUAAAAAACAACGAAGGAGAUCCAGAAACCCCGAGAAAAAACAAUGAGGAAUCGAGGGAGGUUGAAGAUGAUGAAGAUGAAGAUAAAUCGAUAAAGACGAAUGAAGAAGAUACAGCAAAAUCGAUGGAAGUUGAAGAUGAUGAAGAUAAAGAUAAAUCGAUGAAAAACAACGAAGAAGAUCCAGAAACCCCGAGAAAAAACAAUGAGGAAUCGAGGGAGGUUGAAGAUGAUGAAGAUGAAGAUAAAUCGAUAAAGACGAAUGAAGAAGAUACAGCAAAAUCGAUGGAAGUUGAAGAUGAAGAUGAUGAAGAUAAAGAUAAAGAUAAAUCGAUAAAAAACAACGAAGAAGAUCCAGAAACCCCGAGAAAAAACAAUGAGGAAUCGAGGGAGGUUGAAGAUGAUGAAGAUGAAGAUAAAUCGAUAAAGACGAAUGAAGAAGAUACAGCAAAAUCGAUGGAAGUUGAAGAUGAAGAUGAUGAAGAUAAAGAUAAAUCGAUAAAAAACAACGGAGAAGAUCCAGAAACCCCGAGAAGAAACAAUGAGGAAUCGGGGGAGGUUGAAGAUGAUGAAGACGAAGAUAAAUCGAUAAAGACGAAUGAAGAAGAUACAGCAAAAUCGAUGGAAGAAGAUGAUGAAGAUUUAGAUAAAUCGAUGAAAAACAACGAAGAAGAUCCAGAAACCCCGAGAAGAAACAAUGAGGAAUCGGGGGAGGUUGAAGAUGAUGAAGAUGAAGAUAAAUCGAUAAAGACGAAUGAAGAAGAUACAGCAAAAUCGAUGGAAGUUGAAGAUGAAGAUGAUGAAGACGAAGAUAAAUCGAUAAAGACGAAUGAAGAAGAUACAGCAAAAUCGAUGGAAGUUGAAGAUGAUGAAGAUUUAGAUAAAUCGAUGAAAAACAACGAAGAAGAUCCAGAAACCCCGAGAAGAAACAAUGAGGAAUCGGGGGAGGUUGAAGAUGAUGAAGAUGAAGAUAAAUCGAUAAAGACGAAUGAAGAAGAUACAGCAAAAUCGAUGGAAGUUGAAGAUGAAGAUGAUGAAGAUAAAUCGAUAAAAAACAACGAAGAAGAUCCAGAAACCCCGAGAAAAAAUAAUGAGGAAUCGAGGGAAGUUGAAGAUGAUGAAGACGAAGAUAAAUCGAUAAAAAACAACGAAGAAGACACCGCAAAAUCGAUGGAAGUUAAAGAUGAUGAAGAUAAAGAUAAACUGAUAAAAAGGAAUGAAGAAGAUCCAGAAGCCUCGAUAAAAACCAAUAAAGACUCGAUGGAAGUUGAAGAUGAAGAAAAACCGGUUCUUGAGGUUCAUGGAUACUUGGAAGUCCUCUCUAUUCGCGGAAAAUCGGAAGAAUGGCUUUAUGAGACUGGAUUGGCGGAUCGGAAACCGAUAACUGGUCCGAAACAAAUGCGAAAUGUUCCGAAACAACAGCCGAAAUUUAUGAAAGCAAAAAGCAAAGCACCUCCCAAGACGAAGAUUGUUGAGAAACGACCAAUGAAAAAGGUAAUCGAGUCUUCCACGUGCGGAAUACGUUUAUUGUCUUAG